AUGAAAAGGACAGGAUGGGUAAAACGGAAUAUACCUGAUCCUGAAACAAUCGCUGGACAUAUGUAUCGAAUGGCAAUGUUAUCUUUCCUAGUGGAUGGAAAAGAAAAUUUAGAUAAAACUAAAAUAAUGCAAAUGACGUUAAUUCAUGACCUAGCUGAAUGUAUUGUCGGAGAUAUUACACCUUUGUGUGGUAUACCACCAGAUGAAAAACAUAGGAUGGAAGAUGAAGCUAUGGAGGAUAUAUGUAAGCUGUUGGGUGAUAAGGGACCUGAGAUAUUACAAAUAUUUCGCGAAUAUGAAAAGCAGGAAUCUCCAGAAGCACAGUAUGUGAAAGAUUUAGAUAGACUAGACUUGCUAAUGCAAGCAUACGAAUAUGAGAAAAGGGACAAUAUUCCGGGAGAACUGAACGAGUUCUUUGUCGCGAUUCACGGUAAAAUCAGACAUCCAUUUAUCAAUAAAAUCGCCAUUGAUAUAACCGAGGAAAGAGAUAAGUUAUUAAAUCAUAAUUCGAAUGCUACAAAAUAACAAAAAUCAUACUCUGAGGAUAAAAAACUGGAAGAGCGAGCUUCCAGAUAGCUCAAAUGAUAUUUUAUGUUGAUUACUAUGUCGUACGCGUCAACGAAGUAUACUUAAAUCACGAUUAUUAAUAUUAAAUCUUAUUGUUAGUAUGUAAGAUUUUGAUAUAGGUAUGAUGGGUAUGAUAGGUAUGAUAUAAAUAAUGCAAUAAUUGAUUACUUAAUUUAUUUGAAGGUUUGCUGCUUAAGUUUAUUUAUAGAUUACAUAAAGAAUUUAUUUGUGCAUAUGUAUUUUGCCUCUUGACUUUUGUAUUAGUAUGUAUUAGUGUCACGCACUAGUCAUUUUCUUAUUUAAAUGGUUAGAGUGUAAAAUAUGUGCAUACUUGUAUAUCCCAUUCAUGUUAUUUAUUGGAAUCAAUAUUUAAACACAGUAAAGCAAUUACCAAAUAUUAUUUUCUAAACACUAUAUAGUUCAUAAAAAGAAAAAA